AUGGCAUCAACUGCGUGUUUCUUGCACCACAUCGCAACACUCUCCAGCCCAGCUGCGAGAACAGCUUUUAACAACCGCCAUGUACCAUCUUUGAAGCCGGGGGUACCAGUCUGCCGGGCUCAGAAGCAAGCCGAGGCCCAAGAAUCAUACGGCGCCGUUGUUUCCCGGAGGUUGGCCCUCACUGUCCUCAUCGGAGCCGCCGCUGUUGGCUCGAAAGUCUCACCUGCAGAUGCUGCUUAUGGAGAGUCUGCUAAUAUCUUUGGGAAACCAAAGACGAACACGGAUUUCAAUCUUUACAAUGGGGACGGGUUCAAAGUGGCCAUUCCCUCAAAGUGGAACCCGAGCACUGAGGUCGAGUUUCCUGGUCAAGUGUUGAGAUAUGAAGACAAUUUCGAUGCCACUAGCAACCUCUCGGUCACAAUCACACCCACCGACAAGAAAUCUAUCACCGACUAUGGUUCUCCCGAGGAUUUUCUCUCCAAAGUGGACUUCUUGCUAGGGAAACAGGCUUACUUUGGUAAAACUGAUGCUGAGGGUGGAUUUGACUCGGGUGUGGUGGCCACCGCGAACAUAUUGGAGACGUCGACUCCAGUGGUUGGCGGCACACAGUACUACUUCUUGUCGGUGCUGACGAGGACUGCUGACGGGGAUGAAGGCGGCAAACAUCAGCUGAUAUCAGCAACGGUCAAAGAUGGGAAGCUUUACAUCUGCAAGGCACAAGCUGGGGACAAGAGAUGGUUCAAAGGUGCCAGGAAGUUUGUGGAGAAUGCUGCAAGUUCUUUCAGUGUUGCUUAA